GACGAAGAGUGAGACGUACGGUGCAGUGAAAAGAAGUGAAUAAAAGGUCAGGACAGUGUGAUUUACAUGUGCACAGAACUUUAAGUGGAACGUAAAACUUCAACAGGCCUUAAAAUCAGUCAGCUGACAAUAUGGAGGUCCCCAGUCUGAAGCCCGUCCAUGAUGUCCCCGAAAUUGACCUCGAUGACAUUGACAAACUCCUGGAAUCCCUGUCCCCAGAGGAGCUGGAAGAGCUGAAUGGGAACUUUGACCCAGAUAAUUCCUUACUUCCCCCUAGUCAGCGUAUGAAGAACCAGACCUCUAAGGCACCGACUGGGCCGUUCCAGAGACAGAAACUGCUCCAGUUCCUGGAGAAGAAGGCUAAGGAAGAAAAAGACUGGGAACAAAAUAAACCUUUUGUCAAGGAAAUCAGAGGAAAAAUCUGGAAACCGAAGGAGGAACCCAAAACUAAGGAGGAGGAGAGCAUUGAUACAGAGUGGGACGACAUCCUGACCCAGGCCUCAGAGGAGGAGCUGGUAGACCUCGCCGCGGUGCUGGGGUUCCACGGAAUGCUGAACCAGACUCAGUACUAUGCCGGACUGGAGAACACGAAGAUUGACGGUGGCGGAUUUCAGGGAGUUGCCAAAGCCCAGGAGUUGAUCAAGGUCCCAGACGAGCCUCCCAACACCACAGAUGUGGAGGAGAGUCUACAGAAACUAAAGGACAACGACCCAAAACUGAAACACCUCAACCUCAACAAUAUCAAGAAUAUUUCGGUGGAGAGGUUGAUAGAGAUUUGUGAUGCUCUGAAAACAAACACAGUCCUGGAAAAUCUGGAGAUGGCUAGUGUUAAUAUGACAGACAAAGUUGCCAAGAAAUUAGCAGAGGCCUUGUCAGAAAAUAAAACCCUGAAAGUGUUAAAUGUGGAGUCCAAUUUCAUUAGCGGGGAAUCCAUAGUAGAACUUAUGAAAGCUAUCAAUAAGAACCAAACACUUCAGGAGCUUAGAGUAGCCAAUCAGAAACCAGAGGUGCUGGGAAACAAGGUCGAGAUGGCUCUAGUCAAACUAGUCGGUGAAAACAGUAACUUACUUAGGUUUGGAAUUGCUUUAGAAUUUCCUGAUGCAAGAGUUCGAAUCCAUGAAAAACUCCAGGAGAACAACGAUAAUUUGAGAAAGAAGCGAGUUGGAAAGGAUUAGUGAUGUACAGACAUUUUACAGAUAUUAGACUGACCUUAUCUUGUUGCUUAGUUACCUGUCAAAUGGUUUUCAUGCCUUAUUUCACAAAGGAAAUGGAAUGUUUAUAAUUCGUGCUUCCAGUACAAGCCAGUUUCUCUUGCAGCAUCUAAGAUGAAACCCGCAGAAGAGUGCGACUUGAUUUCGGCUGGAUAGAAUGUGGAAAAAGAAUCUCUGUAAUGAACCAUAUUUUCUUACAAAAAUGAGGAACAGGAAAUUUUUGUUUAUGUCUUGUGUUUAAGUUUUUGUAUGUCAUCAGAGCUGCUGCAUUUAUGAAGAUUUUUUGAUGUUUGUUUUGCAAUAAUCAUUUAAAUGAAUAUUUGUGAUUUAAGUUUUGGUAUCUGUAAAAUUGACAAAUAAUGUAACAAUCACGGUGGCAUUUGUUUUAAAAUAUUUUACCUUUGUAAUAUUUAAAUGUUAUUGUCAUUUUUCUGUACAUUUUUAUACUGCUUAUAGUAGCUUUGUUAUGAAUGUUUUAGAAGUUUUACUUCAGUACUAUAAAGUAAAUGAUGUCAUUUAAUGGAUUUAGUGGGUCUCAUUGUAUCUUUGUGAUAUAGAAUAUAGAUAAAUAAAUCUUAUUGCCAUAUUGCGAGCAAUUUAAUGACAGCGGAAAUAUAAAAUUUAACUCUCAAUAAUUAUCAUAAUGAAUAUAAGUAUUUUUGAUGUUAUGCAUUUUAAAAUUAAUUUAAAGCUCUACAUGAUCAUAUAUAUAUAUAUAUGUUUGCAUGGGCCUUUUUCAAUACAGUAUUUAUUACCAUGAAUUCAUUAAUUUCCAAAGUGGAUUAAUUUUCAUUUGUUUAUGGGAUACAAAGAGACAUCCUUCACAAAAUGAUAAAAUUUUAAACAAAAGUAUUCAUGUGUCUUCUUAAACCAUGAAAUAAAGUCCCCAGAAACCAAAUGUUUUCCUUUUCCCACAAAAAUUUGACUCCCUGAAUAUAAUUGAUUUUACAGUUCAAUGUAUUUUGAUAUGUCUUUCACUGUAAAAAUUAUUUUAUUUUAAUUAAGAUGAUUUGAUUACAUCAAAAUACCCCCGUGUUAUUGCACACUAAUUUUUUUACGUACCGGUAAAUGGAAUUCUAUGUCUAAUGCAUACACAUGGGUUAGGAAUUAUGAGGUAUUUUGUAAUUCAGUUGACUGAUGCUGAUAUUAGCCUGCACCUAAAAAUAAAAUUUAAUUCAGCUAUUUUAUUUUGAAAAUUUUACCUGGAAUGUUACUUGCCCAAAAAAAUAUUGAAUAAUAUUUAUUGUAUAUGUAGCAGACAUUGAUUUUCUUUGGUUAAUUCUGAAUUUCCAAAUACUGAAAUAAUUGUAAGUACUUUGUACUUGUGAUUUUUAUCACACUCCAUGUUCUUGAUAGUAAAGUUUGGAUAUGUCAUUUGUAUCAUGACACUUAGUCUUACUUAUGUCCUGAAUCUUUUUGUAUUGUAGGAGAUACAGAUGUCCUGAGUCCUGUAGAAGUCAAUAGAUGUGCAAUAAUAAAAAAUUGAGACCUUUU